AUCAGCCACCCAAGCAAACACACGCUUGAGCAGCCCCAUAAAACGGCAGAUCAUUGAUUCUAUCAAAGCUGCAACAGCGCGGAGUCAGCGGCCACCUAAAAAGAUGGAAAUGGGUAGCAUCUCUACCGGCACACCGACCACCCCCGUCACAGUUUCCCACCAGAUCAAACGCGCUACAACAGAUCAUCCUCAGUUUCGUGGUAAUAUGGAAGGGCAGUGCGCGGGUUCAUCCAAAGUUUUACUGGCUUACAAAAACGCAUCGCAGCACUUGAAUUCGUCUGGAAUCAAAGCGGGCUUGGGCAUACUUAAAGUCGCUACCUCCCAAUGGAAGCAGGAAAAAAAGACUCUUUCAGGAGCAGCCGCAAGGCAAAUGUCCGCUCCCAACAACAGCCACCCUUGCAAGAGAUCCCCACUGGAUCAGCUGGCAGCUCUGGUUCUCCAUGGUCAAACCCGGCAUCGCCAGAUUAGUCAGGGGCACCCACAAGAUCCUCUUUACUUCACCAAGCCACAGAACUCUAAGCGCAUCGUAGUUCUUGGUGCUCCGCGGGUCGGAAAGACCUCAAUCUUAAGAAGAUACCUGCGAGACGGAUUUGUGGAGGAGUACAAGCCCACCUCCGAGGAUUUCCUAAGGAAACUGUUUCGCAUCCGCGGGGAGACCUACCAAAUUGACAUCCUGGAUGCAUCCAGGGAACGGGACUUCCCAGCCAAGCGGCGGCUGUCUAUCCUCACUGGGGACAUUUUUCUUCUAGUAUUCAGUUUAGAUGAUCGGAGCUCUUUCGAAGAGGUGUGCGCACUGCGAAAGGAAAUUCUGGCUGCUAAAUCCAAGCUCAUCAGAUCCACUGUGCCAGAGCAUUGCGCACAGCCACAGGUUCCUCUGGUGGUCUGCGCCAACAAGGUGGAUCUCCAGGAAUCCGAGAGAGCGAUAACUAAGGCAGAGGUUAUCCAAGCCCUCGGGGAUGACUGCGCCUAUUUUGAAACGUCUGCAAAAGAGAGCACUAAUCUCGAAAAAGUAUUCGAGAGUUUGGCAAAGCGAGGUGGGCUUCCGACCGAAACUGGCCCGUCGCAACACCGCAAAGUCUCUCUCCGCUCGUAUCAGGCAAUGCGGAGCGGCCGUGUAGCGGGGAGGGGGAAGCAGGUCUCCGAUAGAGAUGUUCCCUGCGGCACACUGUACCCACUGGCCCGGCGACCGAGUUUUACCACCGACCUUCGUCAAGUUGUUGGACCACAUACGACAAGAAAGCCCGGCAAAGGACUGGAGAAAUGUUAUAUUCAGUGAGAGACACACAAACUAUGAGAGAAAACACAGAGCGAAUAACACAGUUCAUAAAGCACCGAUAUUUAUUUAAA